AUGAUGCUUGGAGGUGGAGGAGGCUUUGGUGGCUUUAGGGGUGGUGGCUCGCUAGGAUGUUGUGGCGGAUCAAGGAUGGGUCAUGGUUCAAUGGGUGGAGGCCAAUGUUGCCAAUGUCCUUGCCGCUGUUGUCCAGUACCAUGUCCCGUUCCGUGUCCAGUUCCAGUACCAUAUCCCGUCGCUGUUCCAUGUGAACCUCCACGGAAUCCUUGUUGUAUCCGUUGUCCAGUAGCAUGUCCAACACCACCUCCUGUAGGUGUUCCGGAUGUCAUAUGUGGACCAUGCGGUUAG